UGCACUGGAAAUGCUGCGGGCGCCAUCUUCUGCCGAGACGCGGGAAUUCAUUAUUAUUCGUUAUUAUGACGCAUCAUGGGAUUGAAUGAGUGCGCUCAAUUUUCUCCACUAUUAAUUCGGCCACCAUUAAAAACGGAUGUCCCCUCAAUAGUGCACUAUAAUAGGGCUAUUUCGGAUACAGCCCUGCAGUAGGCAAGGCAAAUCCGCGCAUGCGCAUCAGUAACUUGAGGGAAGAAACGUGCUUAACGGAGCUUAGGAACCCGUGUUAUUUUAUCAACCGUAAAGUAAACGAGUCGAUUUUUUCAGUGUGCUAUAUGGCUUGGUAGCUAUUUGAAGCUCAAUGAUUUAGAGGCUUUUUCCUCUUGGCUUCUCGUUUGGACUUCUCCAAGAACCCGGAAACACAACGCAGAAGAACUGACACUGACACCUUGUGCUCAUUUCAUCGCUCAUUUGGUUGAUAAAUGUCACAGUAAAUGGUUCAGUCAGGGGGUCCCUACAUUAAAGAUGCCUGGCCUUUGGCAGGAUGCCAUGGACCACGCCGUGAUCCUGGCCAGGAAAGCAGGAGAGAUUGUGAGGGACGCUGUGCAGAAUGACCUGAAGAUCAUGUGUAAAAGCUCAUCUGUUGAUCUGGUGACUAAAACAGACCAGAAUGUUGAGCAGCUGAUUAUCACAUCAGUGAAGGAGAAGUUUCCUGAUCACAGUUUCAUUGGGGAAGAGUCAGUGGCUGCCGGAGAGCCUUGUGUUUUGACUGACGACCCCACAUGGAUCAUUGACCCUGUGGAUGGAACCACAAACUUUGUGCAUGGAUAUCCAUUUGUUGGAAUAUCCAUUGGUUUUGCUGUCAACAAAACGUUGGAGUUUGGUGUGGUGUACAGCUGCAUAGAAGAUAAAAUGUACACUGCUCAAAAAGGAAAGGGGGCAUUUUGUAACGGACAGCCCCUUCAUGUGUCAGACCAAAAAGAGAUCAACCAGUCAAUCAUCGCUACAGAGUUUGGCUCUAACCGAGAUCCUGAAGUUGUGGCCAAGAUUUUUUCCAGCAUGAGGAAGAUCUUGUGUCUACCAGUCCACGGGAUACGUGGUGUAGGAUCUGCUGCUAUCAACAUGUGUCUGGUGGCCUCUGGUUGUGUGGAGGCUUAUUAUGAGAUUGGGAUCCACUGUUGGGACAUAGCAGCUGGUGCUGUCAUCGUGUCUGAGGCAGGAGGAGUUCUUAAGGAUGUUGAAGGUGGACCAAUGGACCUGAUGUCUAGAAGAGUUGUUGCCGCCAAUAAUGAAAUAAUUGCUGAGAGAAUCAUUAAAGAGAUUGAAGCAUUUCCUCCUGUUAGGGACGACGUACCUGUAAACCCUAUAAAAUAAACCAUGUCUUUAUUCUGUGAUAUAUUUUGUAUCUUAUCUAAAUGACCACUGUUUAUCAGUGUUUGAAAAAUGUAGUAAAAUAUAGAGCAACUGUAUAUUAUAAAUUUGAUCCUGUUACUAA